AUGCCAGUACUGGUUAAGAAGCCUCCAAAGAUGGCGUCUAGCGUAUAUGACUUUUUCACAAACACAAUCCCGAUCGAUCCAGCUGUUGCAGCAAACACUAAAGAUGAGCUUUAUUCUCUCUGCGAUGAUCCCAUGACAGAACCAAUGAAGUUGAUUAAUGAGAACUUGAAGUUUGAAGACAAUCGAAAGCUACGUGGCUGUUUUAUCGAGAACUCCGGUUUCCUUGUCGUCGGUGUCAUUGGUCUCCAGGGUGUUGGCAAGUCCUCUGUUGCUAACUUGUUUGCGAACAGGUUGGUUGAGGGGCCCCCGUUUGAGAGUCCCUUCCCGGUGCAAACAUUGGACUCUUUAGUCGAGGGUUACCCCAAAACUACAGCUGGGGUGGACAUAUAUAUCACGCAGGACCGCGUUAUCCUCCUGGACACGCAGCCUCUUAUUGAUUGGUCACUCACUGAUCUUCACAUACAGUGUAAUCUUCGUACUCAAAAGCAGCAACGAGAUGAACAUGAGGAGGUAAUCGAAGUUACUGGAUGCUCCUCGACCUCGGGAAAGUGGUCUGUUGAUGGUUUUGCCGAGAUCACUUCCCUCCAGCUGGUUUCCUUCCUCGUGAGUGUGUGCCACGUGGUCGUGUGUGUGCAAGAUAAUCUCAGCAAUCCAUUCUUUCUGCGUCUGAUUGAUCGUGCUUUCGGCUGGAAGCCUCUGGUCUUGAUUGAUGAUAUUGUAACCACACCCAACUUUGGCAUGGGUCCGUCCAUCCUGAAAUCCAGUCGGAGGCAGCCUCAUCCAAACCCACUAGCGGUAACAGUGGAGUCCGAGGUGGCGGAUGUGAAGGCAGCUAAGCCAGAAGUCACAGCCGCGGAAGAGGAGGAAGGAGAAGUGGCAGUUGAUGAGGAGGAAGAGGAAGGUGGCGUAGCGUGUGAAAAUGAAGCACCUGAAUCGAACGAAACAGGUCUUGGUCAGACGCCCACUACAGCCCUUAAGGUCUGCACCUCUUCUGACGCUGUCGUGGUCGCUGCUGCAGCCGCAUCUGCUUCGAGAACGGGAAUGGGUGCUGUUGAAGAAGUGGCAGAACAGGCAGAGGUGCGGGACUUUGUCAAUCAUUUGCUGCGACUGACUGACUACACGGCUAAUCUGGUGCAUGUCUACAACUGUGCACCAGUGGAAGCCUUCUUAAAUCCUCGCAUUACUGACGACCGUUUGUCGGCAUAUCGCCGUCUCCUCACCCAGGCAUUUCCUGCGCGUCUGCAGCUGGCCUCGCUAGUGAAAAUGGGUCCGCACAUUCUUCAACGUCACAUGAUUUCUCAACGGAAGCGCCUUCAUGAACAAAAGCAACAGGUGGCUGCCACUGCAGCUUCCACAUCCAACGUAGACAUGGAUGGUGAAAUACAGCUGAUAUCAGCACUUGAUUUGACAGAACAGAACACGCAUGAAAUAUCCGCGAUGAAAAGCGAGGCUUCCAUGGAGGCAACAGAGGCGGAAAUAAUAGCAGAGUGCUGUGAGGAAUUGGAAAUUGUGGCUAAGGGAGCGAGGAGUCCUCAGAAAGGCACGGGGAAAUCCUGUAUUACCACCACUGCCACUGUCUCACCCUUAUCAAGGUCGAUAUCGAAGGCGGUGUCUAAUUGCGCCGCAGGAAAGGUUUUUAAUGGUGAGGACCGAGUGGCGGCGCUCAAAGAUUUCUCACGUUGCGUUAUGGAGGGUCGGAGAACACACCUUGAGCCUUCCGCGUCGAUUUCCUCACCCCGCCUCUUCCUGCUCCCUGCAACAAACGAAAAUGGUGAGGUUGCGUUCGGUAGCCCAACGUAUAUGCAGUGCGCCUACCAGCUUCAGGAAGCCAUUCUUUCCACUCCAAGACAUCACCCUGCACCCUCUCGUUCGAACAUGACGGAGAUCCAAUGGUUUGACUUCGCUCGACAGACUUGGAACAGCCUUGCCCCAACCAGCUCGUCUUCAUCCUCCUGCUCCUCCUAUCUCAGUGACUAUCACCGCCUCUUUGUCAGCAACUCCCUCUGA